UCUCGAGGGUAGGCUAUAUAGACACGGCAGCCAGCUCGAACGACGACCUCUCAAGCUUCAUCCUCGGACUCUCUUCAUCACCCGUCCGCUCCAGCCCACCAACACACCGAGUGUUUUGAGGGUUGCGUCCACGUCUGCCCUUUGUUACGGCCAGUGAAUUGGCUAAGCUGUUGUAAUUUAAUCAGACCGAAGUCUCCUAUCUCGUCCGCUGAAUACCCCUUUGUUUUCCUGCUCGCUCUCCUAUCACCAUGCGGCAGUUUAGAGAUUUUGCCUUUGGCCUUGCGGCUCUAGGUCUUACAGCUCUAGCUUCCGCUUCUGAGGCGGAGUCGGAUGUACAUGCCCUCACGAAAGACAACUUCGACGAUUUCAUUAACAGCAACGACCUAGUUUUGGCGGAGUUCUAUGCACCAUGGUGCGGUCAUUGCAAAGCUCUUGCCCCUGAAUAUGAAACUGCUGCUACCGAGCUCAAAGCGAAGAAUAUUCCUCUCGCCAAGAUUGACUGCUCAGUGGAGAGUGAACUGUGCCAGGAGCAUGAAGUGGAAGGUUACCCCACACUCAAGGUCUUCCGUGGGCGUGAACAAGUGAAGCAAUAUAGUGGCCCUCGCAAGAGUGGAGCUAUUACAUCUUUCAUGACCAAACAGUCUCUUCCAGCAGUCAGCAAAGUAACCGCGGAUAAUAUCGAAGAUGUGAAAACACUGGAUAAAGUCGUCGUUAUUGGAUACUUUAUGGAGGAUGACAAAGAAUCGAACGAGGCCUUCGCCGCCGUGGCUGAGGAUCUACGCGACGAUUUCCUCUUCGCCGUAACGAAUGAUGCCAAAUUGGCCGCCGCUGAAGAUGUUGAGCAACCCUCCGUUAUUCUGUUCAAGGACUUCGAUGAGCGCAAAGAGAUCUUCAAAGGAGAACUUUUCCAAGAGGACAUCAGCAACUUCGUAAAGCUUUCCAGCACCCCUCUCGUUGGCGAAAUCGGUCCAGAAACUUAUGCUGGCUACAUGGCAUCUGGCCUUCCACUUGCCUACAUAUUUGCCGAAACUCCUGAAGAGCGUGAAGAGUUCAUAACCGUCCUGAAGCCCAUCGCCAAAAAGCAUAAGGGUUCCAUCAACAUUGGGACCAUCGACACCGUAGCUUACGGAGCUCACGCUGGCAACCUGAACCUUGAUCCCGAUAAGUUCCCAGCCUUCGCAAUCCAAGACACUGCCAACAACAAAAAGUACCCCUUGGAUCAAACUCUGAAGAUCACCGGGGAUGUCAUCGCCAAGUUCAUUGAAGAUGUCCUUGAUGGUAAGGUGGAGCCUAGCAUCAAGUCUGAGCCUAUCCCUGAGAGCCAGGAAGGCCCUGUCACCGUUGUCGUCGCCCACACCUACCAGGAACUUGUCAUUGACAAUGACAAGGAUGUUCUUCUCGAGUUCUACGCCCCAUGGUGUGGACACUGCAAAGCUCUCGCACCCAAAUAUGAUCAACUUGGCCAACUCUACGCUGAGAACCCAGAGUUCGCCUCAAAGGUCACCAUCGCCAAGGUCGACGCCACCGCCAAUGAUGUACCAGACGAGAUCCAGGGCUUCCCAACCAUCAAGCUCUUCCCAGCUGGCUCCAAGGAUUCUCCUGUCGACUACACUGGCCCCCGCACUGUCAAGGACCUGGCCGACUUUGUCCGGAGCAAGGGCAAGCAUGGCGUUGACGCGUAUGAUCCGGCGAAGGUACCUGCGGAUGGCGGUGAUGUCACCGAGAAGCCCGCUGCGGAAAGCCCAGCGUCGACAAAGGCUGCUGAGAAGGAAACUAAGGCUGACGACUCCGAAGAACCGGAGGAGACUGCUGAACCCACCCGGCAUGAGGAGUUGUGAUUACUGUCACAGCGCUUUGUGCAAUAUCAAAUCAAAUAUGCCAUAUAUUGAAAAGAAUGGGAUUCUUGGGUGCUUUCCUUGUUUUGUGCGAUUAGUUUAAUUGAAUCGAAUGGCUGUUUUUUGCUGCCAUUUGUCUUUUAGAGCAUCUGGAAUUUUUAUAAUGUAUUUUGUCUCUGCAUGUGUGUUGUCCUUGCUGUUCUAUUUUAUUUUACAUUAUAUAACCCUCGUGCAUGCCGCAUGUUGUUAGGCGAGGCCUGCAUCUUGUGCCUGAGCUUGUACUAUUUGACCAACAAAAAUAAGAUAUGUCGGAUUCCCCUCUCUACGGGCCGACCGCUUCCGCCUAAGCGAGGUGUACGCCGAUCGCUUGGCAAACGCCUACACACAUAAGACCGCACAAUAGAUAGAUCUCGAUAAUAUAACCAACUACUCUAUUAUAUCACCUCCAUCAGGUUAUGUCCCUUUUGCGCAUAA